GGUUGCGGUUAUAGCAACUCUCACGUUUUACAUAAAACACCACCAUGUGAAGUGUAGCAAUAAUAAUCAUCCAUGAAUUACUAAACUUCGCAACCUCUUAUCAAUGAUGGAAAGCCUACAGUCUGAAAACCUAGAGUCCACUUAUUCGUAUAGGUAGAGGGGCGACGCUGCGCCGACCUAGCAUCAGCAAGCAUGUCUCGGGAGCUCAUUAACUGAUUGUUUAUCUAAAACACUAUGGCACCGCCACCAGCUACCCCCACGCCACGUCGGUUUUUGGUGCCAAGGAGGUCACAGCCUAGGAAUGAGACUCCUCAGGCAUAUCAGAGCGGUGGCGGACACCAAUUUCAGGCUACCCCACGCUUCUCUCUCUAUUCAACGCCUAGGGGUCCGGGGGUUCGAGGGGAAAACUCAUCGCUUCGUCCGCCUUCUAGCAUUGCCACUCCCGCUCCCGCUUCCGCUUCCGGUAAGACCGGAGCCGGGACUUACUAUCGGCCCACUCCGCGCACCACGGAUCCUAUUAACGAUGCCAUCGACAGUUCUCCGCCAUCCCUAGACGAGCAACAGCAAUCGGGAGAAGGGGGCGGCAAUAAUUAUCACGACCCCAUUGAGGCUUUCGAUGUAGACACGGACGUAGACGCUGUGCUAGAGUCCUCGCCAGUGCGAGAACCCAACAACAUAUAUGACGAAAGCAGCGACGGCGGAGGGGACAUAAAAAUCCGUUCUCCUAAACGCCGGCGCAUAUCCAUAUCCUCCGCCUUGAGUAGUAAUACCCACGACUCUCCACAGCGCGAGGAUGGUUACGAUAGUGAUACCAAUGAUAAUUACCACGACCAUGACAAUGACAAUGGUAAUGGUAAUAGUAAAAUUAAAAUCGAAGAUGAAGACGAAGACGAAGACACCAUCAUGCUCGACAACUUCGACCCGUCUUCCCCACUGUCCCACGACCUAACAACAGAUCGCGGAGGAACCCCAGAGCCCACUCUCCCCAGACCUUCCACCUCGGCCCAGCAGCCCGUCUUCCACAAGGCGCCGCGCUUCAAACCCGUCGAGUCGCCGGAGGCCGGACCCUUCCGCGGCGACCCGCUACCCGACGCCUUCUCCCCGCACCGCCGCAGGGGCGCCAAGUACAUACCGGGCGGCCUGGCGGAUUCGGUGCGCGACUGGUUCGUCGACGUGUGGGCCGGCGCAACGACCGUCGGCGUCGGGGCGCGGCGCGACGGGGAAGGGGAAGGGGGGUGGAUCGCGCGGAUCUUGGUGGAUGGGGUCCAAGGGUCGGCGGGUAUGACGCUGGUUACCGGGCGGCGUGUUACGGGCGAGGAGGAUGGGGGUUUAAAUACAGCUGAGGAAAAGGAUGGAUGGGAAAGCGAUGGGACUGGUAGGAACGCAAGGAUCGUGCUGGCGGGUAGCCAGAAGGUGGUGGGUUUGGAAAAGGGGCUCGAGGUGCGUCCUGGCUCGGUGGUGGGUGUUGGGGGGCCGAGUUGGGAGGUCGUGGUCCCGGGACAGGGAAGAUGGGGCGUGGUUUGCGAGUGGGCUGUUUUAAGGUAGAGUCGAGCUCUAAUAAGGGAUGGGAAUGGAGUAUACACCCUUAUUGAGUACCUAGGUAUUCGCCGUAUUAUUAUUAUUAUAUGAUGUUUCCCCACGAUAACAUCGGCAUAUAAACCCUAGACAUGGCUAUUUGUAAUGACAAUACGCCGUCCUCUUGAA